UCCUCCGCGCCGGAAAAGCGCGUUCCGCCUCGCCGCGACUGCGUCCUCCACCCUUGCCGCACCUCGGAGACAGAUCGUGGGGCUUUCAGAGCUCACCCUCCUGGAGUGGUCGGACCGCGCAGGACUUUGGAGGGCAAGAGAAAAAGCGGCACGUGCUGCCGAGAAAGGGAGGAAGGAGGAAAGCGUCGGACAAGACGGCGUCGCGGCGGUGGGAUUCUGUUUCCUGCGGUGGCGGAGGGAUUUGACAGUACGGUAAUUUCCGGAAGAGUCCUGGCUGGGAGAGGAAAAGCCCUGAAGGAAACAAUAACAAACGACAGGAGGAAGCGAUUCUGGACUUUCUGUGUCCGACAGUUCUCGCCCGAGAAGAUGCGCUUCGGCCCCUGUUGGGGGACGUGAAAGGGCGCGGUGGGCCUCAGCCAGCUGUUCUCCACCUGUUUCCUCGCGGGGCCUCCCGGCUACUACCAUGGCGGGCGUGGGACCGGGGGGCUACGCGGCGGAGUUCGUGCCACCUCCGGAGUGCCCGGUCUUUGAGCCCAGCUGGGAGGAGUUCACAGACCCACUCAGCUUCAUCGGCCGCAUCCGGCCUCUGGCCGAGAAAACCGGCAUCUGCAAAAUCCGACCACCCAAGGAUUGGCAACCUCCAUUUGCAUGCGAAGUAAAAACCUUUCGUUUCACUCCAAGAGUUCAGCGUCUGAAUGAACUUGAGGCAAUGACCAGAGUGAGAUUGGACUUCUUGGAUCAACUGGCAAAAUUUUGGGAACUUCAGGGAUCUACUUUGAAGAUCCCCGUAGUGGAGCGAAAAAUCCUGGAUCUUUAUGCUUUGAGCAAGAUUGUUGCCAGUAAAGGAGGUUUUGAAAUGGUCACAAAAGAGAAGAAAUGGUCUAAAGUGGGUAGCCGCUUGGGAUAUCUGCCAGGAAAAGGGACUGGGUCUCUUUUAAAGUCACACUAUGAAAGGAUUCUCUACCCCUAUGAGCUCUUCCAGUCUGGUGUCAGCCUUAUGGGUGUACAGAUGCCUAACUUAGAACUUAAGGAAAAAGUGGAGCCUGAAGUUCUCAGCACUGAUAUCCAGACUUCCCCAGAGCCAGGCACAAGAAUGAACAUUCUGCCAAAGAGAACAAGACGUGUCAAAUCUCAGUCAGACUCUGGAGAAGCGAAUAGAAACACAGAACUGAAGAAACUUCAGAUUUUUGGGGCUGGACCUAAGGUUGUGGGCCUGGCAAUGGGAGCAAAAGAUAAAGAAGAUGAGGUCACCCGAAGACGAAAAGUUACCAACAGGUCAGACGCAUUUAACAUGCAAAUGAGACAACGGAAAGGAACUCUCUCUGUUAACUUUGUUGAUCUUUACGUCUGUAUGUUUUGUGGUCGGGGAAACAAUGAGGAUAAAUUGCUUUUGUGUGAUGGAUGUGAUGACAGCUAUCAUACAUUUUGUCUGAUUCCACCACUGCCUGAUGUGCCCAAAGGAGACUGGAGGUGUCCUAAGUGUGUUGCUGAGGAAUGUAACAAACCUCGAGAAGCCUUUGGAUUUGAACAAGCUGUACGAGAGUAUACACUUCAGAGCUUUGGAGAGAUGGCAGAUAAUUUUAAGUCUGAUUAUUUCAAUAUGCCAGUCCAUAUGGUUCCCACAGAGCUAGUAGAAAAGGAGUUCUGGAGGCUGGUGAGCAGCAUUGAAGAAGAUGUCAUCGUAGAGUAUGGAGCAGAUAUCUCCUCAAAAGACUUUGGAAGUGGAUUUCCUGUAAAGGACGGUCGGAGAAAGAUGUUGCCAGAAGAAGAGGAAUAUGCACUUUCUGGUUGGAAUCUGAAUAACAUGCCUGUUCUGGAGCAAUCUGUUCUUGCACAUAUUAAUGUGGACAUUUCUGGUAUGAAGGUGCCAUGGCUGUAUGUGGGGAUGUGUUUCUCUUCUUUUUGCUGGCACAUUGAAGAUCACUGGAGUUAUUCCAUUAACUACUUGCACUGGGGUGAGCCAAAGACUUGGUAUGGUGUGCCAUCUCAUGCUGCAGAACAACUGGAGGAGGUGAUGAGGGAGUUGGCUCCUGAGUUAUUUGAGUCCCAGCCUGAUCUCCUACAUCAGCUAGUCACCAUCAUGAACCCCAAUGUGUUAAUGGAGCAUGGUGUGCCUGUGUACAGGACCAAUCAGUGUGCUGGAGAGUUUGUUGUGACAUUUCCUCGUGCCUAUCACUCUGGAUUUAACCAAGGCUACAACUUUGCUGAAGCUGUGAACUUCUGUACUGCUGACUGGUUGCCUAUUGGACGUCAGUGUGUAAAUCAUUACCGACGACUGAGGCGUCAUUGUGUUUUUUCACAUGAGGAACUCAUUUUCAAGAUGGCGGCAGAUCCGGAAUGCUUGGAUGUGGGGCUGGCUGCCAUGGUCUGCAAAGAAUUGACUCUCAUGACUGAAGAAGAAACACGAUUGAGGGAGUCGGUUGUACAAAUGGGUGUCCUGAUGUCAGAAGAAGAAGUGUUUGAACUUGUUCCUGAUGAUGAACGGCAGUGUUCAGCAUGUAGAACCACAUGUUUUCUCUCUGCUCUCACGUGCUCUUGUAAUCCUGAACGGCUCGUAUGUCUCUACCAUCCAACUGAUUUGUGCCCCUGCCCCAUGCAGAAGAAAUGUCUUAGAUACCGCUACCCAUUAGAAGACCUCCCUUCUCUUCUGUAUGGUGUAAAAGUCAGGGCACAGUCCUAUGACACUUGGGUCAGUCGUGUUACAGAAGCAUUGUCUGCUAACUUCAGUCACAAGAAAGAUCUGAUUGAAUUGCGAGUAAUGCUGGAAGAUGCUGAGGAUAGGAAGUACCCAGAGAAUGAUCUCUUUCGGAAACUCAGGGAUGCUGUAAAAGAAGCUGAGACCUGUGCUUCUGUGGCCCAGCUGCUGCUUAGCAAAAAGCAGAAACACAGGCAGAGUCCAGAUAGUGGGAGGACCCGGACCAAACUGACAGUAGAAGAGUUGAAAGCCUUUGUCCAACAACUUUUUAGUCUUCCAUGUGUCAUCAGCCAAGCUCGACAAGUGAAGAAUCUGCUGGAUGAUGUGGAAGAGUUUCAUGAACGUGCUCAGGAGGCCAUGAUGGAUGAAACCCCAGAUUCUUCCAAACUCCAGAUGUUGAUAGACAUGGGCUCUAGUCUAUAUGUGGAGCUACCUGAAUUACCUCGACUGAAGCAAGAACUACAGCAGGCUCGGUGGCUGGAUGAAGUAAGACUGACCCUAUCAGAUCCACAACAAGUCACUUUGGAUGUCAUGAAGAAACUGAUUGACUCUGGUGUAGGGUUGGCACCCCACCAUGCUGUGGAGAAAGCAAUGGCUGAACUACAGGAGCUCCUUACAGUCUCUGAACGAUGGGAAGAAAAGGCAAGGUCUGCCUACAGCAAGUUUAUCUAUCCACAGUUCUCACUUUGUUUUGUUUUAUGGUACUUUUUUGGGAAAGGUUCUAGCACCCCAAGAAAACAACCUCGGAAGAGCCCUUUAGUUCCCCGAAGUUUGGAACCUCCAGUGUUGGAGUUGUCACCUGGAGCUAAAGCACAGUUGGAAGAACUCAUGAUGGUUGGAGACCUUCUCGAAGUGUCUCUGGAUGAGACACAACACAUAUGGCGGAUUUUGCAGGCCACACACCCACCCUCAGAAGACAGAUUUCUACAUAUCCUGGAGGAUGACAGCAUGGAAGAGAAACCAUUAAAAAUGAAAGGAAAGGACUCUUCAGAGAAGAAACGGAAACGGAAGCUAGAAAAGGUAGAACAGCUUUUCGGAGAAGGAAAACAGAAGUCCAAGGAGCUAAAGAAAAUGGACAAACCUAAAAAGAAGAAAUUAAAAUUAAAUGCAGACAAAUCAAAGGAGCUGAAUAAACUGGCCAAGAAACUGGCAAAAGAAGAAGAGAGAAAGAAAAAAAAAGAAAAGGCUGCUGCAGCCAAAGUUGAACUUGUGAAAGAGAAUACUGAGAAGAAAAGAGAGAAGAAAGUGCUAGACAUCCCCUCAAAGUAUGACUGGUCAGGAGCAGAAGACUCUGAUGAUGAGAAUGCUGUGUGUGCAGCCCAGAACUGCCAAAGGCCCUGCAAGGACAAGGUAGACUGGGUACAAUGUGAUGGUGGCUGUGAUGAGUGGUUUCAUCAGAUUUGUGUGGGUGUAUCUCCAGAAAUGGCUGAAAAUGAAGAUUACAUCUGUAUAAACUGUGCAAAGAAGCAGGAGCCAGAUAGCCCAGGUCAAGCACCACCUCCUUCCUUCAUAAUGAGCUACAAACUACCAGUGGAAGACCUUACAGAGACCAGUUAGCAGAUACUUGGUUAGUUUGGGACAUGGGGGAAAAUAAACCACAUUGAGACCUUAGUCAUCAAGUAGAGUGGUUUAGAUCCACUCUGAAUGUUGCUUCCAAAGGUGAAUGGCCUUCAGAGAAAGUCCUCUUAGUGCUGACUUCCUCUUUGCAUUCUGUGUAGGCUACAUUCUCUAUCAACACACCUAUGCAGAGGAUGUCUUCUUUGGUACAGCAGCCAGUAUUUCUACUCUUGUCUCCUUUGAGUAUGGUGUACUGAAGUAAGGUCAGGCACUUGAUGGAGCUCCUGGGUGCUGGGUGCCAUUGAUAUGUUGAUGUGCUAGCAGAACAUGUAGGAUUUUGGCCAGUUGAUACUAGCUAGAGCUUACAACCUAGGAGCAGUACCAUCUCAAGGUGCUGAUUGCUUGGAUCUUAGUUGGUAUAGUUGGAGAGGAGUCAGAGUACCAUUUUCCUUCCACUGUCACCUGGUAUUUAGUGCCCUACCAGUACAACUAGGAGGAACAGGUUGAAGUUAUUCUUGUUAGAAGUCAUGGAAUAAUAGCCUAGUGUGUAGACCUCAGCUACUUGUACUGACUUGUACUAAGAAGAAAAUCCCAAAUAAGAGAACCUCUCACCAUCAGGGGCAGAUUCCUUACCUUCUUAAGGAGAAAGAUGGUAUCCAGUUCAGAAAUCUGACUAGAUUGGAUUCUGGGAAGAAGAGUUCUUAUUUCAAAGCAAGGAGCCCUUUUUUUUUUUUGGCUCUGAGAAGUUUGCCUGCACAUUAGAGAACAGCAGGUACAUGGAUCCAAGCUUCUGAAAAGAAGAAGAAGAAGAAUAUAUUAGCCAGAAUGUUUUACUGAGCCACAGUGAUGCAUGCUUUUUGGAGAAACCAUCAUUCACAAGUAUUUCAGAUACCACCAAGCUUCAGGCAUGGCCAUGAGCAAGACCAGCAAAUAACAGCUUUCUGCCUUGCAGCUCUGACCCCAAUGUCUGCUGUUUCCAACAUGGCAACUUCUGAACAUGGCCCACAGCAGAUGCUGUUGUAUAAAUAAUACCAUGGCUUCAUCAGAGGAUGUGGGAUUGUAGUACCUCUGGGUGAUGAAGUUGUUUUAGUAAAUCCAUUUUUAAAAAGAAAAAAAAGGACUUGUUUUUACUUUUUUCUAAAUGUCUCUGACUACUGUCUAUAAAUAGAUUAUUUUUCCUUUUUUGAUAUAUAUAUAUAUAUAUAUAUAUGAAUAUAUAAAUAUAUAUUUACUGUUACCAGCAGCAUAUGAUAGAGUUUCAGCAUCAAAAAUCCAUUUGGGAGCUUGCUUUUUCUUUUUUGCUUUUUGAUAAAUCCCAUUCCUUUUUGUAGUACAAGGAGUUAGCACUCCCUUCUCCAUCGUCACCUGACUAUAUUGUCCAUUUUGCUUUUGUUCAUAUAGAUAGUUGUAUUUCCUUUGUGUGCUGGUGGGAGGACUUGUCCCUGUCUGUUGGGAAACUUGGUUAUUCUGGUCUAUGCUAACUGUUCUCUGUUGUAUGUGAAUGUUUGAGACUAUGGUGCUGUGUCCUCUUCUCUCCUCUUGUGUUACCUGUCCUUGUCAAGGUUUUAGGUGGGCUCUGUAUGAAUUUUUACUAGAAGAGGACUAAUAUUUUUUAAAGGACAAAAAAUUACUAAAAAUAGUGUUUUGUCUUCACUGUCCUGUGUCCUUUAUUUUGGUUUAAAAGUCUAUGAUUUGACUUAAACUCACCAGUUGACCUUUUAAAAGGGGGCAGUGGGUAGACCUAGAAACAGCUUGUAAUCUCCUCUUUCCUUUUUGCCCAAGUUUCUUUUAAAGAAAUGUCUUCUAGUAACUAGAAGUGAAAUGUACUGUCCAGUUACAGUUUGAGUGGGUAUGAGAUUUAACUCAAAAGGCAUCUUAAUAAUAAAAAAAAAAGCUUUCUUAUAAAAUCCAAUUUAUGUAAGUGCUUUCUCUCUAGUUCAUACUACCUACUUUUUAAAUAUUGGUCACUCUUUCCUUAAUAUUAGAUAACAUUUUGAAUAUCUUGCUUUGUUAAGAAGCUUAGAAGUGUCGCUAUACAUGUGUCUUGAGAUCUUAGCUCAAAGUGUGCGAUUUAAGAUUUCCAUAGACAUUAACGAGGUAACUAACCAGUUUCAUAGACUUUCAUUUUGACAAACUAUGUAAAGAUUAUUAAUUAAGAAUUUUGUCUGGUUAAUGUUGUAGAAGAAAGCACAAUAUUUUUUACUUAUUGUCCUUUGUAAGUCUUCAAAAUAUGUGUGGGUCAAAAAUUCAAAAUAUAAAUGAUGGGUGCCCAGAAUACAUUCACAAAUGUGGUUUUCCCUUUCAACAACUCAUCCAUGAACUAUUUCAUCAACAAUGGAUAGUCGUCAGAAUGCCGAGAAGGGUGGCUGCUCAGGCACUUUGAUCUUGGAGUAUAUAGUGAAUAUAUAAGGAUGACUACUGAGGAAUAAUUGUAUGUUUGGUACAGUAUUUGCCUGUUGGAUACCUGGGGAAAAUAAAAGGCCAUCUCCACCCAUGAAUAGCUUGUUUCCUGCUACAUUCUGAAACUUAAGUACAUCCUUUAAUUGAUACUUUAGGAUCUUUCUGUACUUAUUUGGAGAAUUUGUUCUAUCUUGACCACAGAUUUAGACCAAGGCUGAGAAGAAUACAAGAGAGAAAUUAGUGUACUCCUUCCUACCCCCAAAAUAAAAAUCUUCAAUUUUGGAAUUAAUGAAAGAAGAUUCAUCUAUUUAAAGAAAUGUUGAUGUUCUAAUGCAAAGCACUAUUUUCACUUAGAGGAAAUUACUUACUUACAAACAACUCCAUUCUUCUGUAUUGUUAACAUUUGGUAUAAAAACUUGAUUUAGGAUGUUUCUCUACCUUCCUAUCUACUCAAAGUUGAAAUUCUUCAGCAUUUGUGUUGUAACUUUCGUGUUUAAUACUUUCACAGGUAUUUCUCACUGUCUUCAUUACAAAUAUUUUGACAAAGGUAAUAGAAAAAUGAAAAGGUAGCAAUCUUUGAUAAUUCUUAAGAAUGUGUUAUUAAAACUGCAGAUUCCCAAGUUCAGAACUAUGAGUAUAGCAUUAGUAGUUAGCUUUUAGGGAACAUUUUCCUCUCACAAAUGUUUAUUUCACUUUCUGAUAGUUAUUGCAAAAGCCAUGUUAAGGCUACAUAAAGUAGGAGGAGAAUGAUAGGAAAAGUUAAAGACUUCAGAGAGUGGAAUUAUUACUUUUUAAAGGAGAAAGUAACAAUUUGGAGUGGAAUUUGAAAUUAUAACUAGUGGGAAGAUUGAGCUGUUGAAGCCCCACAUUAACCAGGCUCAAUAAAAUUUCACAUCUGAAUUAGCUUCAUAUGUAUGUAGAAAGUUGCUUUUGCAGUAGGUCCUUAUGUAUAUUUUCUUCUGAAAUCUUUUUAAAUUAAAGCAUACCAUUACUCCUUUCACUAUGAAUAUGCCUAGUGGUAUUUACAGCAUGAGAGGGAAAGAAUGGGCGUUAGCAUAUUUUUGGAACUGGAGUCUUGUCUUGGCCUGGAUCAUAUCCAUUCUCCACUAUGCAACCUAGGAUGUGCACUGGGAAAGGAUAUGAUGGGUUUCUUUCAAAGAUGUAUCCUGCUUGCUUUUGCUUUUGUAAUACUUGGGUUGUCAGAACAGGAAUAAUGCCUUUUAGAAACCUCAGCACCUCCUAUUGAUUAUUCCUUUACAUAUUUACAUUUUAUCAGGGAUAUUAGUGGUGCCUUAUAAGAAGUAUAACUUAUUUCUUCAUUUUUGAACAUGUUUCAUUUCCUUUGUUUUCUGAAAGAAUAUUAGAUAGGUUAAUUGCAUUACGUCUUAAUUUUUUUCAGUUGUGUGUGUGCUCAGGUUCCCUAGCCCUACUCCCACUCCCUGCCAUUUACAUUGGUGGCAACUUCAAGUGGUAACCAAACAAAGGUAAAUUUUGGCAAUGAGUAUUGUAAAUCCUGAGGAAAACUAGUGAGUAUAGGGGAGCCACUAUUAAACUGUGCCAGAGCAGUUUCUAAUAUUUUAUUUGUUCUCUAACAAAUGAAAAAACUGAGCUGAAAUAAUUUGAUAAUUAGUGGUGUGAUUAACCUAUUACCAUUCCUGAGAAUAGUGUUUUUGGAAAGUGUAAAGGGAAUGACGUGAAUCUAAACAUUCACAUGUCCUCUCUUUUCAUCCAGAAGCAAGUGGUGACCACCAACAGAUAC